GCAACCUGUAGACAUGCUCGCGCCUCUAUAUAAAAAGAUUUUUACCGCGAAAGUAUUUUUGUCUGUCAUUGGCAUUGAACGACAUUGGUUGCAAAUAAGGUUGUGUUAGUGUAUCAGUGUUGAUAAAAGUUCUAUCAGACUUUGUAGAUUAAGGAGAGAUUGAUUGAUAGCAUCAGUAUUAGAACUCAGUUACCAUGCCCGACGUACGAGUAGAAGAGGCUCAGAGAUUCAUGGAGGAGAGUCUGCUGGCUGGAGGUGCGCCGCUGUCGGAGGCUAAAGCCCAUGCAGACUUGUUGCUCCACGCGGACAUUGUCGGCCACUAUAGCCAUGGCAUGAAUAGACUUGAGCUGUACAUAAACGAUAUGAAGUCAGGGGUGUGCAAUCCUCACGUGGAACCGGUUAUCCUGAAGGAAACCGCUGCGACCGCCUGGGUGGACGGUUGCGACGGCCUGGGUGCCACAGUUGGCAACUUCUGCAUGGAUUUAGCGAUCAAAAAGGCCAAGGAAUGCGGAGUUGGAUGGGUUGCUGUGAAACGUUGCAAUCACUAUGGCAUGGCAGGUUACUGGGCACUGAAGGCUGAAAAGAAAGGACUUAUUGGGAUGUCGUUCACGAAUUCCGCCCCAAUUAUGGUUCCUACGAGAUCUAAACAGAGAGCAUGUGGCACAAAUCCAAUUUCGAUGGCUGCACCGGCAACUGGUGGCGAUUCCAUUGUGGUCGAUCUGGCCACCACCACUGCUGCUAUGGGAAAGGUCGAGAUGCAAGUACGGAAAGGCGAGCCUCUGCCUGAAGGAUGGGCGUUAGGACCUGAUUGUAAGCCCACAACAGAUGCACAAUUGGCGUUUGAAACCGGCCACCUUUUGCCUUUGGGCGGAAUGGAGAAAACUAGCGGAUAUAAAGGAUAUUGCCUGAGUGCUAUGGUAGAAGUAUUCUGCAGUGGACUUUCUGGUUCCCGAGCUACUCACAAUGUACCACAAUGGUCUCACACACAGACAGAGCCUCCUAACCUAGGGCAGUGCUUCGUCGCCGUGGACCCCGACUGCUUCGCUCCCGGCUUCGGGGAGAGAAUAGCUGAUUGCUUGCAACAUUGGAGGAACUUGGAACCUGUUGACCCAUCGCUCCCCGUGCUAGCACCAGGGGACAAGGAAAAGAAGAAUGCUAAGAUCACCAACGCAAGAGGCACCAUAGUCUACCCGCAGUCACAAAUAAAUUCCGCCAAACUUCUGGCCGAAAGAAUUGGCAUUCAACCCUUGGAGGUUGUAAAAGCGUGAUCUAGAAGAUAAAACCAUGGUUGCUAUGACUGUAAAAUAAUUGAAUCAGUAUUUUUAAAUAAAUGUUUCUGGGUUUUA